AUGAAGAUACUUUUAUUACCUGUAUCAUCUGUUCAAAGAAGAUGUUCAUCAAGUAGUUUGAGAGAAUCUCCAAGACCUAGAAGAGGUCAUUCACCUAAUACAUAUUCACCAGGUAGUCAAAGAGGUCAUUCACGAAGAGAUAUUGAAGCUUUAAGUAAAGUUGUUAGUACACUUAUUAAAGAGGUUCGCAUCCUUAAAGCUUCUAGCUCGAUCAGCUACCAACCUGGAAAAAAAAUACCUUCAGUUCAAUCAAUGCUUCCUAGACAUGUAUCAAUAUCCCCAGAAUCUGAAGGUGGUUACCAUCAUUAUGCUUAA